AAAUGGAAGCAGCAGUUUCAGUUGUAGAUAAGCUAAAAUCCUUUGCCAAAUCUACCCAAGAUUUCGCUUCCGGCGUUCUCCGCGGCGGCGACACUUCUAACCGUCGAAGUCCGGCCUGAAUCUGAAUGGAUUUUUAAUAUUUCAAUACUAUGAGGUACCUACUACCUCCCAUCAGCAUAGAUGCUGGUUAACUCUAUGCCCACUAUGGUUAAGGCAAACGGGAAGAAAUCAUCUGGUGGUUUUUGCAUCAGCUUGGAUUUGAACUUGAGACCUCGUUCUCCUCCCACUUCAUUGACCAACGGUGCUAAAACGGUUUUUCAACUGUUAAGCCACCUCCUUGGGGACAGAUUGAGAUCUUGAAGAGAUUGCAGCGAGAAGCUUUUUCAGAUAUUAUGAAGCUAAGAGACAGACAAGAGAAGGUGGAGCGAGUGCUUGCUUUCUAUAAAUCGUCAAAAGGAAGUCCAUUCCAAGAAGCUAGCACUAAUGUAAGGGGAGAAUUUGAUGCUGUGGGGGCACUGUUGAUGAUCGGUACCAUUGAUGAACGCAAGCGCAAUGCAAUUGAAAGAACAAUUAGGACUGGAAUUGAUUCUAGGCUGACUUUUGAAACAACUGUUCGUGAAAAAGAUACACUUGUUGCAGAGUUUGUUGGCAGCGAAAGAGGCCAAAUAAAUAUCCAGGGCACUCCACUUUCUUUAGCAAAAGUUCUUUAUGCAGCAAAUAUUAGUGAUUGGUUCUCCGCAGUUGCCAUCCCAGUUGGUGGUCGGUGUAGAGAUAUUGCAGUACCUACAAGUUCACGUGAGGAAAGGGGCUUGACAGAUUAUUCAUCAUUUGGGCCGCCUCUGCUGAAUCAACUAAAUGGUAGUGCAAUUGCUGUGAUGGUAAAAAAGUUAAAUACUGUUGCUUCCUUGGCUCAGUUUGUCUCUGCAUUGCCACACUCCGGUAAACUUUUGUAUUGUUUUGGCACUUUUGGUCAAGUUGUUUGCCAACUUACAAGCAGUACAAAGCUAUCCAUCUUGGGCAUACACAAAGCGGCUACUCUGUCAAGUGAACAGCAUAGACUCGCAGCUAUGACAUUCCCUAUUGGCAGUUUACAACAGUCAGGGCAUUCGGAGGCGCCCUUGGAGGAAAACGGCCUCUUAGAUGGAUCAAUCGCUAUAACACUAGAGUCACAACGUGUCGAAAGUACAAGAAUUGGUGGUUGGGUAGAGAUGAAAAGAUCAAAUCCCAAAUAUUUGCAGUGGGCAGUUAAUGUAUCCGAUACCCCCGACGAUGAUUUCGGAUGGGGUUUUAGCCUUGGUGGUUUGAUGCAAGGUCCAAGAAGUUUGGAACAUUUUCAAGUUGAAAGCUUUGUCAAUUUUAACUUGGGAAAGAAAUGCAAGUUGCAACCUGGUCUGCUCUAUGUAAGAGAUGGAGCUACUCAGUUUCCUGCACUGAUGUUUUGUACUAGUUGGUCCUUGUGAACAAUUCUCACCCUAUCCCUAAAACAGAAAUAGCCAUUAGAAAUUCCCACACAGAAAACAAAAUAGGAAGGAUUUUGUCUGCUUAGGAGGAAAUUAGCUCCUAUGACCAGUUACAAUUUGAACAGAAGAAAAUGGUCCUACAUAGAUCUUAUGUGUUCUAUUUA